UUUUUGUUUUUUUUUUUUUUUUUUUACCGCAGAUUAAAUCUGGCGCUGAGAGGCGGAGAAAGCGCUCGGAGCCACGCGUGAAAACAGUUUUGCCUGAAGGCUUGGCGAUCAACUGCCAGCAGGAGUUUGAAAAGCAUGCAAGAUGGCCUGAAAUCUAACUUUUUAAAAAACUUUAAUCAGAGUUGUUUGACUUCUCUGGGAAGAUUUUCUGGUUAUUUUUUUGUUGUUGUUAUUUUUGGGUUAUUUUAUUUUUGGAGUGGGUGACGAGCUCGCAGUUUUAUAGGUUUCCUCUCUGUCUGGGUCGGAGAGGAGAUGAUCGCUCAGGAUGGGACUGUGCCUCGGGACCGAAGACACAGAGGACGAGAAGAAAGCGAAGAUAAACAGCGCCAAGAUAGAUAGAGACCUGUACGAAUGCGCAAAGCGGGAGAUGAAUGUGGUUAAAAUCCUCAUUCUGGCAGAGAGUGGGAAAAGCACUUUGGUCAAACAGAUGAAAAUCAUCCACAGCAAUGGCUUCACCAAGCAAGAGCUGAGCAGCUUCAAGCCGGCGGUGUUGGAUAACCUCCUGACUUCCAUGAAGUUUGUCCUCCAUGGAAUGGGCGUCCUCCGGAUCAACCUGGCUAACAGCAGGAAUAAGGUCCACGCCCAUUCGGUCCUGUCGUGUGGGCGGUGUUUCGACGAGGAGCAGGUGCUGCUCCCCUUCCUGAGCCACGCCCUGUCCUGCCUGUGGGCCGACCAGGGUGUGAGGGCUGCUGCCGCCCGCGGCUACGAGUACGAGCUGAACGACUCGGCGCUGUAUUUCUUUGAGAACAUGAGCCGCCUCACGUCUGCAGACUACGUGCCCACAGAGACGGACGUCCUCCGAGUGCGGCUGAGGACGAUGGGCGUGAUAGAGACCCAGUUUAAAGUCAACCACCUGACUUUCAGGAUGUACGACGUUGGAGGUCAGAGAACCGAACGCAGGAAGUGGAUCAGCUGUUUCGAGGACGUCCGAGCGGUCCUGUUUGUCGUGGCUCUCAGCGGAUACGACAUGACUCUGGUGGAAGACCCCUCAGUGAACCGCCUUCAGGAGAGCAUGAAACUUUUCUCCUCCAUCUGCAACAACGUCUUCUUCCGCAGCACCUCCAUGAUUUUAUUCAUGAACAAGAUAGACCUUUUCCAAGACAAGAUCUCACACACAGGACGGCAUCUGCGGUUAUAUUUGCCACAGUUUAAAGGUGCGGACUGUGACGUCGACUCGGCCGCACGCUUCAUCCUCGCCACCUUCGUCUCACUCAACAACAGCCCCAAGAAGCUCAUCUACCACCACUUCACCACGGCGACCGACACCUCCAACAUCCAGGUCGUCUUUCAGGUGGUUAUGGAGACGAUCAUUAAGGAGAACCUGGAAGCUGUGUCGCUCCUGUAGCCGGCAGCGGCGGUGCCUGCACGGACCCCA